AUGAGCCAAAGAAAUUUUGGAGAGUAUUCCAUAAAUCACUUUUAUAAAGAAGAUGCAUCCGAAAACUUAAAAAGCUCGAGAUUCAAAAUUGGAGUUUUGAGAACUGUUUUCACAGUAAAGAAUGUUGAUGAUGCUCCAGACGGUAGCGAUAAACUUUUAGAAGAUCUGAUAGAUCAUUUUAUUGCAAAAGCGGACAAAGCCGCAGGUGAAAAAUCUGAAAAGUGUUCAAUCAUAAUAAGAAGUUCCGUUCUUGAAAAACCCAUUCAAAUACCAUAUAGAGGACUUGCUCAGAAUACUCCUCAGGUUGUUAUGGAGCAAUUUGAUGCCGUUGACCAGAGUGGAAAACGGAUGGGUAGACCUUCUCUUUACAGUCAGCCUAUACAUAUUGAGGUAAAUAUUAUUCAUUAA